AGCGUCUCAACUUUGACAGCCAAUCAUCUCGCUGACAACAUUCACGUGGUUAAAUUAAUUAAAACACGUGUUAACUUUUUACAUUUAUCGUAGAAGUCCGAUCGGACGAUAUAGACUCGUCGCUGUGUAUUUGUAUAUAUAGGAAUAGAGAAUAAAAUGCCAGAUAAAGUAUUAGUGAUUGGUGGAGGUGGCCGUGAACAUGCCCUGGCUUGGAAAUUAGCUGAAUCAUCACUUGUACAGCAUGUAUAUGUGUCUCCUGGGAAUGCUGGAACUUUCCAACAGGACAAAAUUUCAAACAUAGUUUUGGAUAUCAAAAAUCCUGAUAACAUUGUAAAAUGGUGUCGUAAUGAAGAUAUCAAAUUAGUUGUUGUUGGACCAGAAGAUCCUCUUGCAAAUGGUAUUUCUGAUUAUUUGUUAAAAAAUAAUAUCAAAUGUUUUGGUCCUUGCCAAAAAGCAGCACAGAUAGAAGCUAGUAAAGCUUUUGCUAAGGCAUUUAUGGAUAAACAUAACAUUCCUACUGCAAGAUGGAAGUCUUUUACAAACCCUGAAGAUGCUAAACAACACAUUUUUACGGCUCCCUACAAAGCAUUAGUUGUAAAGGCAAGUGGACUUGCUGCAGGAAAAGGUGUAAUUGUUGCUGAAACAAAAGAAGAAGCUGUUAAAGCAAUUGAUACAAUCAUAGAGGAUAAAGCUUUGAGCAAAGCUGGAGAAACAUUAGUGAUUGAAGAAUAUCUGGAGGGUGAAGAAAUUUCGGUACUUGCUUUUACUGAUGGAACUUCGAUUGCAGUAAUGCCUCCAGCACAAGAUCAUAAAAGAUUAUUAGAUGGAGACAAAGGUCCAAAUACUGGUGGAAUGGGAGCUUAUUGUCCUUGUCCUCAGGUAUCAAGUUCAUUACUUGACAAAAUUGAAACUGAUAUUAUAGAAAGAGCUGUGCAUGGAAUGAAGAAAGAUGGUAUUCCUUACAUAGGAGUACUGUAUGCUGGCUUGAUGUUGACAUCAGAUGGUCCUAAAGUUUUAGAAUUUAAUUGCAGAUUUGGUGAUCCAGAGUGUCAGGUCAGUAUGCAAAAAUUUUCAAUCACCUCAAUGGAUCUUCUUCACAUCCUAUGUCAGGCAUUCCAAUUUGGAAACAUAGGACCUGAAGAUCCAUUGAGGGUUAAAGGAUUAACAUAUAAAGAUAGUGGUGUAGAUAUUACUAAAGCAGAUAAAUUAGUAGAGAAAAUUAAACAUUUGGCUAAAAGCACUCGUCGUCCUGGAACAAUAGGCUCCAUUGGUGGUUUUGGAGCAGUUUUUGACAUCAGACUGGCAGGAUAUACAAAUCCUCUAUUGGUGUCAGGCACUGAUGGCGUUGGCACAAAACUAAAGUUGGCGCAUUAUUGCAACAAACACGACACCAUUGGUAUUGAUCUGGUAGCCAUGUGUGUCAAUGACAUACUCACCCAAGGAGCAGAACCAUUGUAUUUCUUAGACUAUUUUGCAUGUAGUAAAUUGGAUUCAGAUGUAACAGAAGCUGUAAUUUCUGGAAUUGCUAAAGGAUGUCUACAAGCAAAUUGUGUGUUAUCAGGUGGUGAAACUGCAGAAAUGCCUGGAAUGUAUGCUCCUGGCGAUUAUGACCUGGCUGGAUUUGCUGUUGGUGCAGUGGAAAGGAAUCAGUUAUUACCAAAAUUAAAUGAUAUUACAGAUGGUGAUGUGGUAAUUGGAAUCUCUUCUUCUGGAGUUCACAGCAAUGGUUUUAGUUUAAUCCAUAAAUUAAUGGAAAUAGAGAGAUUGUCCUAUUCUCAAGCUUCUCCGUUUGAAAAGAAUAAAACAUUAGGUGAAUCAUUUCUAGUUCCCACAAAGAUUUACGUCAAAUCAGUACUUCCCCUGUUGAAAGAUGGUUAUGUAAAAGGUGCUGCACAUAUCACAGGUGGAGGCUUAACAGAAAACAUUCCACGAAUAUUACCACUCAAUUGUGAAGUUGAACUGGACGCUUUAAUGUGGGAUUUACCUCCAGUUUUCUCAUGGAUUUCAAAAACUGGCAAUGUAUCUCGUACAGAAAUGUUACGAACAUUUAACUGUGGUUUGGGAAUGAUUUUAAUAGCUGCAAAAGAAUACCAGAAUAUUAUUUUAAAUACUUUAACAGAAAGUGGAGAAAAAGCUGCUGUAGUGGGAAAAGUGAAAUAUUCAAAUGAUGGCCAGAAACAAGUUAAAAUUUUAAAUUUUGAAAAAGUUUUGAAGAACCCUCAGAAACAAAAAAAGAAAGUUGGUGUUCUUAUUUCUGGUUCAGGUACAAAUCUCCAGGCAUUAAUAGAUCAUACUCUUGAUGAGAGUAAUUGCAGUUCAGCAGAGAUCGUAUUAGUCAUAUCUAAUGUGCCAGAAGUGGAAGGCUUGAAACGUGCCAAAAGAGCAAAUAUUCCUACCAAGGUAAUUAGUCAUAAGGGAUACAAGUCAAGAGUAGAUUUUGAUAUGAAAGUGCAUGAGGCUCUGAUUGAAGCUGGUGUGGAAAUAAUAUGUUUAGCAGGAUUUAUGAGGAUAAUUUCAGCGGAAUUUGUGAAACUAUGGAGUGGGCGACUGAUCAAUAUUCACCCCUCUCUUUUGCCAUCUUUCCGUGGUGCACAUGCCCACAGAGAUGCUCUGGCAUUUGGAGCCAGAAUUACGGGAUGUACAGUCCACUUUGUAGAGCCCGAAGUUGAUGCUGGGGCCAUCAUCUGUCAGGCUGCUGUAGAUAUAAAAACUGAUGACACUGAGGAGACUCUGAGAGAGAGAGUGAAAGCCUAUGAACACAAAAUUUUUCCACAAGCACUAGAACUUUUAGCUAGUGAGAAAAUAUCUCUUGGUCAAGAUAAAAAAAUUAUUUGGAAAUGAACAACAUGCACAUUGUUAACAUUCCAGAAUAUUUUUUAUACAUUUUUUUUAUUACAACAAAAUACAAACUAUUUUCAAUGACUGAAAGUAAUUAUUGUUAAAUCAUUUUAACGAAAUAAAUUCCAAAAAGCAUCCAGUGCAUUUUCUGGCAUUGA